AUGAAUCAACGUCAUGAUGAAGAACUUCAACUUGAAAAAGUAGUAGCUCAACGAAAACUUCAAGAAGCUUUAGAAGAAGCACAAGUGCAAAGUGAAAAAAUGCGUCAUGAAUCAAUUAAUCAAAUAAUACGUGAACGUGAUGCAAUUUGUGAAGAAAAAUUAGCUGCUCAAAAAACUCUUUACAAUCGUCUUCUUCAAGAACAAGCUCGACGUUUACGUGCUGAACAAGCACUUCAAAAUAAUGAAUCAUCAACAUUUACUGAACAUAUUGAUAUGGCAGAAUUAAAAGGUCGUUUAGCUCGUGUAGAAUAUGAACAUCGAGAAUUAAAACAAUUAAUAAUUGAUUUACGUACAGAUCUAUCGAGUAUAUUUACUCAACAACCAAAAUAUAAAAGUACAGUUAAUAUACCAAAUUUUAUUGUUAGACCAUAA